AUGACAAUCGAAUCGACGCGGGAGAACGAAACCACGUCACCCGAGGCUGGCGGAAGCGGAAGCGGAGCACAAUUCAAUUUUGUUAUCGGUGGCGAUGAGCACAGUAUAAACGAGAGUUCGACAUUGCUUUCGAAACAUCACGCAAAUCAAGUUGCACCGGCGAUAGUGGUAUCAACUGGACAUGGAAAACCACCGACAAAAGUGUCGUCGAGGUUCUUAUUGUCGGUGGAACAAGAUGCACCGCCACCUAUGACUAGGGAUGAUAGUCAUCGUUCGUUUUUUUUUGGUUUCUUUUUUGAGUUCAUUUAAUUAUUUGUAAAAUUGCUUUUUUUUGUUUGAAAAGCAAAAAGGCAAGCAUUAGAGAACAGACUGGUGACUGGAAGGUUUUUGAUGAAAAUAUUGUUUAACUGUCAGUUCCGUACCGGAAGCAGACUGGUUUUGCAUUAUAUAACGCAACAGCGCUCUAAUAGUACUGCAAUUUAAUAAUCUGAAAAUUGAUUUUUUCAAGUAAAGAAAUGAAUUAAAAGUGAACUUUUUUGAGCCCCCCCCCCCCCCCCUCAUCUCGUCCCGUUUUCCAAUCUUCUUUUUCCAGGAGAACUCUAUGCAUGGGGUUCAAACAAAGAAUCUGGCACCGCCAAUCACAAUUUGGCACUUUUCGAAGAACCAUCUAUGCCUUUUUUCUCAAAUUAUCUGAAAGCACACAUUACACCGGGACCAUUGGAAAGAGCACAAAGUUCACACGGCGGACACGGUGGAAAAGCUGAUUUGGGAACACUUUUGGGUGUCUAUUUGCCAACAAUUCAACACAUUUUGGGUGUCACCAUGUUUAUUCGUCUUUUUUGGCUCGUCGGAAUUGCUGGAUUGGGACAGACAUUCUUGUUGUUGUUCUUGUGUUGUUUAUGUGUAAGUUUUAAAUAUCUGAAAUUUUAGAGAAGUUUCUCCUUAUUGCAUUAAAACCACGCCCAUUUUUCACGAGAAAGAAAUGAGAGAAAAUAAGUAAACAUUCUUUGAAAAUAAGUCGCAUGCUUUUUAUCAAACUAUAAAUCAUUUUUGGCGAAAUCAAGAGAUCUUUUGGCCAAUUUUGUUUCAUGAAUUGAUAAAAAAUAUUCGAUAUAAGUGCGUGUGAACUUUGAUAUUUAUUUCUGAAGGAGAAAUGAGGGUCUGAAACCUGAUAAGAAAGCUAUCCAAAAUAAACUAUUGUUCUGAAAUGAAACUAUGAUCCCAGUUAUAGAUCUCCAAAAAACUCUUGUUUUUGCAGACAUUCUUAACAUGCAUCUCAAUUUCUGCAGUCGCUACAAAUGGUGUUGUCGAAUCAGGUGGUGCCUAUUUCAUGAUAUCUCGUAAUCUUGGCCCUGAAUUCGGUUCCGCAGUUGGUAUUUUAUUCUAUCUCGCAAACACAGUUGCCACAUCAAUGUAUCUUGUCGGAGGUGUCGAAAUUUUACUCUUAUACAUCUUCCCAUGGUUGACAUUUGGUGGAGUUGAAGGACAACAUGAUACUGGAUUAUUCGGAAAUAUGACAAAUUCAUUGCGUUUUUAUUCAACAAUUUUGUUGUUGAUUGAAUUUGCGAUUGUUGCGAUGGGUGUGAAAUUUGUACAAAUGUUGGCGCCAGUUUCAUUGGUUUGUGUCAUUUUGUCGAUUUUGGCGUGUUAUGCUGGAGGAGUUACCAAAACUAUGUAUCCGGAUAGUGGACAAGAGUUAGUCAAGGGAUUUUUUGAGUUUAUUUUUGGAAUUUUUUGGUUGAAGAAGUGUUCAAAAUGUUGGAGUUUGACUCUAGUUUUUAUCCAAAAAAAUUGUCAGGUGGUUAUUUUCUGAAUUUUUCCAGCGUUUGCUUCUACGGAGAUACUCUUCUUCAAUCUCGCGUUGUUUUGCCGGCCGAUGUUGAUUUGUCUGAAAUGUGCAAUUAUUGUGGAAACAAGUGAGUUUAUGAAAUGUAUUAUUAGUUGGAACAGAAAUCUUAUUUUUCUCACUGCACUUCUGAAAAUCUUCAAUUAUUUUCCAGCAACACUUUCUUGUUGGAUAAUAUUUGUGCUGAUACUGGUUGCAAUGAUACAAUAAUGACAACAAGUUUCCGAUGUGUCAAUGGUUUCCCUGGUUUUAUGGGCGGACAAACUCUCCUCAAUAAUUUGGCACCAAAUUAUGUUGAUAAAGGAUAUUCAACAAUUCACCAAGAAGCAAAUACAAAAACUGAUGUUUAUCAAGAUGUUCGAACAACGUUCUUUGUAUUAUUGGCCAUUUAUUUCCCGGCUGUAACUGGUAUUUUCACCGGUGCAAAUAUGAGUGGAGAUUUGAAAAAUCCACAAGCAUCGAUUCCGGCUGGAACAAUUGCCGCUACACUCACAACUUCUUUUAUCUAUUUCUCAUUGGCUUUCGUUUUUGGAGGAGCGAUUGAUGGAGCUGUUUUGAGAGAUAAGUGAGUGCAUUUUUUGGAUGAAAAUUUUCUCGAUAGUGUAUCAUUUUUUUUUUGCAGAAAUGGUCAAUCAGUUGGUGGUCAAAUGGUUGUUGCUCUAUUAUCUUGGCCAAAUAAAUGGGUUCUUAUAAUUGGUUCAUUCCUUUCCACAUUCGGUGCUGCUCUUCAAUGUCUUUGUUCUGCUCCACGUCUUCUUCAAGCAAUUGCAAAAGAUGAAGUUAUCCCAAUUCUCUCGCCAUUCGCAAAAGUUACCGCUAAAAAUGAACCAUUUUUGGGUCUUAUUUUGACAACAAUAAUUGCUGAGCUCGCAAUUCUUAUGGGUGGAAUGGAUACAAUUGCAGCUGUUGUCGAUUUCUUCUUCUUAAUGUGUUAUGCUUUUGUCAAUAUCAUUUGCACUCUUCAUUCUUUGCUUGGUGCACCAAAUUGGAGACCACGAUUCAAAUAUUAUCAUUGGUUUUUGUCACUUCUUGGAGCGGUUCUCUGUUUCUUCAUUAUGUUUUCAACACAUUGGGAUUAUGCAACAGUUGCUUGUUUGUUAUGUUUGGUGAUUUAUAAAUAUGUUGAAUGGAAAGGUGCGAAAAAAGAAUGGGGAGAUGGAAUUCGUGGAUUAGCUCUAACAACUGCACAAUAUUCAUUGAUGAAAAUUGAGGAUAAAGAACCACAUCCGAAAAAUUGGAGACCACAAUUAUUAUUGUUGUUAUCAAUGCAAUGGUCGAAAGAAAUAAUUGAUGUUAGAUAUUUGAAUUUGUUGAAUUUGGCAAGUCAAUUGAAAGCUGGAAAAGGAUUGACUGUUGUAACUGCAUUCUUGAAAGGUGAUCCAACAAGUCCAGAUGAUAAAAAGAAAGGAGAACAAGUUAAAGCGAGAAUGGACUUUGAUAUGAAUCAAGUUCGAUUGAGAGGUUUUGCUAAAACUUUGGUCCAUGAAGAGGAUCAGGUGAGAUAUUUUACGGACUUUUUGAAACAUGACAUUUUUUCUUCAGAUUUUCGGUUCGAUGUCAACUCUUGUUCAAUCAGUUGGUUUAGGCGGUUUGAAACCAAAUACAAUGUUGAUUUCGUGGCCAGUUCAUGAACGUGAAGAAGAUAUGUCUGAAUAUAACACAUUCAUUGAAAAAGUUCACGCGGCUGCCAUCAAUGAUAUGGCAAUUGUUGUUGCAAAAGGAAUUAUUGAUUUCCCAAGUUCAGUUUUCCGAAUGUCUGGAAUGAUUGAUGUUUAUUGGAUUGUUCAAGAUGGUGGAUUAUGUCUUCUUUUGGGAUAUUUAUUGAAACAACACAAAGUUUGGAGAGGUUGUAAAUUGCGUGUUAUUGGUAUUGCACAAGAAUCGGAUAAUAAUGUGAAAAUGCAAGAGGAUUUACAAAAAUAUGUUUAUCAAUUGAGAAUUGAUGCCAAGAUUAUGGUAAGUGUUUUUGGGGACAUGUAAGGGUACUGUAGAUUGAUCGAACUGCAAAUAUUACUGUAAUGUAAUUUUGCAGUCUUGUUGUGUGUAGGAUUUAUUGCAACUCCGAGUUUAUAUUCUCACUUUUUUGAAAACCUCAGUUUUUGCAGUCUGCUACAGUAUUUUUUGUAGUUUGGCAAUUGUUGAGAGCAAUUCUACAAUACCUUAAUUUUCAUUUCUUUUUUUGCAGAUUGUCGAACUCGCUGAUCCAGAAAUCUCAAAGAAUGCCUUCGAACGUACACUUUUGAUGGAAGAAAGAACAAUGAUGAUGAGAGAUUUACAAAAAGCAGCUGGAACUGGAAAGACUCUUUCAUUGCCACCACAAAAUGCAUCAAGAGCAAUUUCACCAUUAGUCACAUCGGAAAAAGAGAAAAAUAAGGAGAAAAUUGAGAAAAAAGAUAGUGAAGAAGAUGUUGUUGUUGAAGGAAAUAAUUCGGAAGAAAAUGAAAAGACUGGAGGAACUGGAGCUGGAGCUGAAAAAACGAAAAAAGAAAGAAUGAAGGCGUUGGAUAAAUCGAAAGUUUCGAAAAUGCACACAGCAGUUCGAUUGAAUGAAUUGUUGUUGCAACAUUCGGCAAAUAGUCAAUUGAUUUUGUUGAAUUUACCAAAACCACCAUUGCAUAAAGAAAGUAGGUUAUUUUUUGGAGGGAUUUCAAAGGCCACAAAAAUACGUUUCAAGAUUUUCUCGAGUAUUGAGAAUAUUCGAAAAUAAAAUCGAUUAUGUUUUAAAUUUUAUCAUUCAAAAGAUGAACCGUACUGGGAAGAAAAUUCAAAUAAUUUUAGAUUGCUCAAAAUUUCAUAGCUUGUCAAAAUUCUGAUAUUUAUAUAAACCAAAAAUCAAGAAUAAAUAUUCGUUCUUUUGAGACUUUCAAAAUUUUUUCAAAAACUUGGUUUGUACUGUAAAUUUCUCAACAGAAUAGGUCUAUGUACAGCUUUUAAACUCAAACAUCAAUUGUUUGCAGAACGCGGUCUUGACGACUAUGUACAUUAUUUGGAAGUAAUGACCGAUAAAUUGAAUCGAGUCAUUUUUGUACGCGGAACUGGAAAAGAAGUUAUCACCGAAAAUUCCUAA